UUCAGGAGGCAUUACCCAUGCGCCCAUUCGCAGUGUGGGUCCAGCCCUGAUGCCCUGGGGAGGAACAAAAGAAGGUGACUCCCCUUUCGGCCUGGUUCUCAUCUGGGGGGGCCCUGGCUGUGCAGCCCCCCCAAACUCCUCCCACCCUGAAACACGGCUCUAGCCAACCUGCUUCGCUGCUUCACCUGCGACCGAUUGUGCGGGGGGUGGAGAGCACCUGCCCCCCCGCCCCGCCAGGGUAUCGCCCUUCAACCCGUCAUGCCCAGUUGUGAGCCAGGGCCGCCCGCCGCCUGCCUGCCCACCAAGACCUUCCGCAGCUACCUGCCGCACUGCCACCGCACCUACAGCUGUGUGCACUGCCAGGCCCAUCUGGCCAAGCAUGACGAGCUCAUCUCCAAGUCUUUCCAGGGGAGCCAUGGCCGAGCCUACCUGUUCAAUUCUGUGGUUAACGUGGGCUGCGGGCCAGCUGAACAGCGCCUCCUGCUCACCGGGCUCCACUCUGUGGCUGACAUUUUCUGUGAGAGCUGCAAGACCACCCUGGGGUGGAAAUAUGAACAAGCCUUCGAGACCAGCCAGAAGUACAAGGAGGGGAAGUUCAUCAUUGAGAUGUCACACAUGGUGAAGGACAACGGCUGGGACUGAGA